AUGGAAGGCUUCAACCACUUUAGCCACCCUCAUAAACUCUCAUUCCACAAAAGCCUCGAAGCUGCACAACUUGUUUGUACCGGCUGCAAAUUUACUUGUACCGGCACCCCGGUUUACUCGUGUCGCCCGUGCAAGUUCUUCCUUCACGAGCAAUGCUUCGAUGCACCCCGAUCCAUGACCCACCCGGCUCACCCGCCUCACCCGCUCUCAUUAUUCCCUUCUCCAACGUACUCCUCCGGCUCGUUCAUUUGUAGCUCGUGUGAUCAGAUCGGUUCGGGUCUUUGUUUCUGUUGCUCCAUUUGUGAAUUCGAUCUCCACAUCCAUUGUGCUUAUAAUGACCCAAACCUUAAAAUGGGCUCGACCGCUCCACUGAAACAGAUCCAACUGAAAUCGCACCCGAACCACCUGGUUCACCAUGUUCCUAAGCCACCUUACCCUAGCGGUCAAUGUUCAUGUGACGUGUGCGGUACUGACUGCGACCUGGAUUGUCCAUUGUACCAUUGCGAUGUCUGCGGCUACGAUGUGCACUUGGAAUGCACAGAUUUGGCGGAAACGGUCCAGCGGGAAGAUCACGAGCACACGGUUUCAUUACUUCAUGUGAAUCCAUUCCAGGCGUUUGAUUGUGAUGUUUGUACAGGACGGAUCGAGCAAAACCAUAGCAUGUAUUAUUGUUCGUCCGGUUGUGAUUACGGGAUGCACGUUAAGUGCGUUACCGCAAAGGUGUCGGUGAAUCCCCCGAUGGACGAAUUGGCCUUACGGGUCGAGAUGUUGAAUAUGCGGAAUCAGACGGAAUUGUAUAAAAUGACAAUGGAAAACCUGACGAUGGCCGCUAGCGGAUUCCAUAGUCAUCGUUAUUACUAUCGUUACUAACCGAGGUUACGCAAUGCGAGUCGAAUAUCGGUGUUGUCGUCUUAAGCUUGUUUUAAUUUACUUGUGUUGUGUGACAUUGCAUGUUUGUUGUUCGAUCUUUACAUCAUUACUUCUUAAUGUUUUUCUUGACAUUUUAGUAUUUUGUUUGCAUUAACGUUGUACUUGUUAAAAAUAAAACCUUUUAAUUA